GACCAAGAUGUCUAAGAGCACAGGAUGUGUCCCUGCCAAUUACGAAAGUAUUUCACAGAUGUCAUCACAAAUAGCAUUGUGCUUUUCCGCAUCUUCGCAAUAGUUAGGUGGCUUUAACUGAAAUAUGCCACAGUAACGUGAUCUCCCAUUGACCAAGGAGCUAUAAUAGCAAUCACACUGUGGGCAUUUGUCAUACAGGAGACUGUCGUCAUGGCAUCACUUUCUCCACUCCGGGACUGUGGGCUCGAUCUGAAGACGGUCAAACUCGUGAUAACAUGCCUCUACUUUGUUUUGUUCAUCCCCGCUCUCCUGCUGAACGUCAUGGCAGCUUGGAUUUCCUGGAAGCUGAAGCCCAAAUCUGCGUUUGUUGUCUACCUGAAGAGCCUUGUGGCGGCUGACCUUCUGAUGACCUUGAUCAUCCCGCUGAAGGCCGGCAGCGAGAUCCCCGGGGCCCCUCACGGCUUGCGUGCUUUUGCCUGCCAGUUCAGCAGCGUGCUGUUCUACCUCUGCAUGUACAUGAGCAUGAUACUGAUGGGGCUCAUCAGCCUCGACCGCUUCUUCAAGAUCGUCCAGCCAGGCGGGAAAAGGUUCGGCCACAAUCCCCUGUUCGGCAAGGUGGUCGUCAUCCUUAUCUGGACUCUCUAUCUCAGCGUGAACACCAUACCCACCAUGGUCCUCACGAGCGGAAAGCCCAAAAACAACACUGCUGAGCUGUGCAUGGCCAUGAAGAGUGACCUGGGGAAGCAGUACCAUCAUGCCAUAAUUAUUGAAUGCAACGUGAUUUUCUUAGUCAUGUUGGUCGUUAUUGGAUUCUGCUACACGUGCAUUGCAAAAAAGGUCAUUGAGUCGUAUCGAAAUUCAGGAAGCACAAACAAGGAGGGGAAACGAAAGAUCAAAGCUCGGGUGUUUAUCGUCCUGGCGGUGUUCCUGGUCUGCUUCGCCCCCUACCACAUCACACGCUUCCCUUACGUUCACCGUCAGGUGGAGAACAAGAUUAACUGCCACUGGGCUUCCCUGAAGGUGGCUAAGAGCAUCACUCUGUGGCUCUCCUCGACCAACGUCUGCCUGGACCCCCUUAUCUACAUAUUACUCUGCAAAGCGUUUCGGGAGAAGUUGUAUGAGCUCAAGAUAUUUGGGCACUGGUUUACCACAGCAGCCCAGGAGAACACCGAGGACACUUCAGUUUGAAAGGGAGUUCAGUACUGCGCUUACAGCUUCUCCUUACUGUGUGGCUGCAUCUUUGGGUUUGUUAUAUUGACACACAUUUUUGCUAACUAAAUUGCUCUGUUGUCUUUCAUAUUGUUUUGCAGAAAAUAUUAUUUAAACCUUUCAUUUGUGAUCUUUUAUGUAUAUUUUGUAUUCUGUAUAAUAUACUAUUUAUAUGUGAAAUAUAAUGAAAUACAAAAUAUAAUUUCUUAUAUUUGAUUCAUCCAAUUCAGAUCUCUUAACUGAAGUAUUUCAGUUAAUCAUCAAACCUUACAAACAUGUUUUAUUUUCAUAUUUAUAUGGAUGCAUACAUUGUUGUUUUUGGGAGGCAGUAGGAAUCAUUUCUCACAGGUAAUAAUCGUGUUUGAUAAUGUAAUCUUAAUUUCUUAAAGUAGAUUGUUGGAAAGGCAGAAAUUUACUUUAUUGUAUUAUUUUUAAAGACCCACUCUGAAAAAAACAACCAUUUAUCCUUUUUCCCUUUUCCAAGAGGUCUUUCUUAUGUUACAAGACAUGACGAAUGAGAUAAAUGGUGUAUGCUGAGUACAUGGUAGCGCUGUGCCUCAACUACCGGAAACUGGUGAGCUCAAUUACAGUAGUUCCUCAUAUCGAAUAUGAGGCACAGGGGGUAGAGAUGCAUGCAAGCUGUGGCAAGGCCAUGAAGAGAUGUAUCUUUAAAACCACCAGUGUUGGGAGUAAUGCGUAUCAAAACUUAUUUCGGUAGGUCAGCACUUGUGAAGCGCAGGCUUUUCCCAAACUGGUGGUCCUUAAAAUGCUAUAUAAUACAACUGUGUUCAAAGCAGGAUGAGGAUAACCUAAGGUUGUAUGUGUGUGUGAGCAGACAAUAACUGCUUUGAAAAUAAGCCAUUUAACAUUGUUUCACAUUACAUCCCAUUUAACUCAUUCCAUGUAGCCUACAGAAGGAUUGCAAUAAUAAUAACUUACUAUAUUGCAGAAUUCACUGUCAGUGCACCACCAUGCAUACCAUGCAGUAGUAGAAGGCAAGCAGUAGGCAGUGUGCUGUACAUAUCUAUCAAACCACCUAGAUGGUGAGGGUGGCACAAAACAAGGUCAGGGAAGCCUUCAUGCAUUGUAGAAUGUUUUGUGGUCAGAAAAAGUUUGAGAACUCAUGCACAAGGCUAUUGAUUUGAAGGCCCGUUGAAACUACAAUAAAUAGGUCUAAAAAUUAGGUUUAUUGUGUGACUUC